CCUCAGCCCUGGACCCCCUGGCCCCACAGCUUUAUCUAUCCAAUGACCUCAGGAGAGGCGGAGACUCGGGAGGGCGCCCCCCACAGAUGGGAUGGUGGAAUGGCUUCUCCCACCAUGGAGGAACAUUUCUACCCCUUCUUGAUAGAAAGACGUCCGUCCUACCUGGAGGAGGAUGAGGAGGAGCGGCGGGAGGAGGACCUGAGCCUGGCCCUGGAGAGGAAGGACAAGGACCUGCUGCUGGCCGCCGAGCUGGGGAAGGCCCUGCUGGAGAGGAACGACCUCCUGGAGAAGAACCGCGAAACCCUGGAGGAGGAGCUGAGGGAGACACGAGAGCGUCUGGAGCAGGAGAAGCACGCUUUACGCCUGAAAAUGGAGGCAAAGGAUGGAGAUUUAAAAGCGCAAAUCACAGACCUGGAGAGCGACCUGGCGCAGGCGCGACUACACAUCCGACAACUCAUGACCGAGCACAAGGAGUGCGGCCGGGAAAGCGCCAGCGCCGUGCAGGAGCUGUCUGAGCAGAAUCAGCGCCUCAUGGAACAGGUGCUACAGGUCUCUCAGGUGGAGAAGUCUCUGGCUCUACAGGUGGAGUCUCUAAGAGAAGAGAAUCGGGAGCUGGUGCUGAGAGGAGGACAGUUCACACCGGCACUGCAGAGUCUGCGGAGAGAGAACACUUUAUUGCUGGAGAAGAAGAAGGAUCUGGAAUCCCAAGUGAAGAAUCUUCAGGAGGAGAAUGAGAGCGUCCAGAGUCUGGUCUAUCACCUGAGAGAGAGCGUCCUGCAGCUGGAGAGACACCAGAGCGAGACUGAGGCCACGAUACGGGAGAAACAGCUGGAGGUGGAGAGUCUAAGAGACAGUCAGCGAUCUCUGCAGGUUCAAGUGAGAGAGCUCCAGGAUGAGCUAAAGCUGCGAGACUUCCCUCAAGAUGGCCGCUACUCCCUGCACUCUGAGAUGCAAGAGACAUCGGGCCCCGAACACGAGAGCGCCUCCAUGAACCCCUCGCCUCCGUUUGGAGUAAAAACAGCAGGAGGCGUCGGCCACGUGUCCUCCUACAAAACCCAGAGGGAGCGAGAGCUGGUCCAGGAGAAGGAGGAGGAGAUUGUGAGACUGCAGGAUGUGGCCAAUCUGCAAUAUAUAGAAAUAAAAUCUCUGCAGGAAGAAAUCCAGAAACUGCGAGAAAUGUUACAGCAGAACGACCGGGACAGCGUCCUGAGACAAGCGGUGAGCGACCGCGACGAGGCCAUCAUGAAGAAGGGAGAGUUGGAAUUGGAGUUGGCAAAAUGUCGCCUGGAAAAGGAAUCGAUGAGUCGUCAACUCCUGAGCGCCGUAGAGCAGAAGGUGUUAUUGAGCCAGGAGCUGGAGGCAUGGCAGGAUGAUAUGCAGAUUGUUAUCAACCAGCAGCUUAAAUCCCAAAGAGAGCAGGAAAGGACGUCCGAGACCUCCCCAUCCACCCCCACCAGAAGAGACAGCCGCAGGAGACAGCGUGAUGGUGGCAAUGGCAUCUUCUCAAUCUUCAAGAGGAUGUAAGAAGAGCCAGAGCCGCUGUGGACCAUGACACCCUCCAUCAUGGAUCGGGGGUCCAACCCUCACGACUAGAAACUCAAAGAGCAGACUGCACAGGUCACGUGACCUGUCAUCUGACACCAGUGGGUGGGGCCUCCAUGGGGAGAUAGAGGAUGGCAUAUUAUACACCUUUCUAUAUCACCCUGUAGUGGGAGGAGCUGUCCCCAUGUCAUAUACAGCUCUCACCCUACACUGGGAGGAGUCAUAUAGUUCUAUAUAUGCCAAAGUGCUUGGGCUGGAACUGGUAUCUAUGGGGUAGUAGGAGG